AUGCAUGUGUCGGGGGCCGAGGCGGAAGGCUCGCUGCUGCGAAGCCUGCACCUACUCUCCUCGCAGCGCUAUUUGCGCAACCUCCUCGAUGAGGUGUCGCGGCGGCCUCUGCAGUACAACGAGGCGGAACCAGCUGGCAGCAGCAAUGCGGCAGCAAUGCGGCCCUCCGCUUCGGCGCCCUCUCUGCGCUCGGUGGCAAAGCGGGCUCCCCGCGCGCCGGACGAGCACGCCCGGCGGGACCGUCGGCCUCCGCCCUGUCCGCCGGUCGCAUGUGGGGAAGCUGCCUGCAUGCGGUACGACGUGCUGUGGCGGGAGCGGGCGCCGGCGUCGGCCUUCUACAUCAUCGCCUCCGGCUCGAUCGAAUUGCGGCAACGACAGCCUAGCAUGGAGGGCGAGGAGGCGACACGCGAUGUAUCGGUGUGCAAACCGGGCGACCUGAUCGGCCACGCGGCGUUGGUGCUGCGGCCGCGUGGCUGCCCCAUUAAAAGACAGUGCGUGGCGAUGGCGGCCGAGCGAACGUGGCUACUUGGCGUGAGCAGGCCAGAUCUCGAGGCGUGUGCACCCGUGAGAGAGGCGCUCUUCUGGCACGGGAGCGGGCGCAGGGCGGAGGCGCUCGAGAUUGCGGCGAUGCUGCGCCGCAGCGCAUCGCCCCUCUUUGGCGAGGCCUCCCCUUCGGACCUCCUCGAGCUCGCCGGCCGCUUCGCCUUUUACGAGGUCACCUCUGGUCAGCAGCUGCAGGCCGCCGGCGCAGCACCGGCUUGCUUCUCGAUCCUCGUAGCGGGCACGGUCGCCAUGUCCCGGACGGCCGCAGACGGAGCCGACUCCGCGUGGACGCUCACAGAGGCGUCCGCCUCGCCUUUCCUUGGAGAGGAGGUCGUGCUAGCGGGCUACUCGCCCGCCGCGCCGGCGCGCGUCACCGCCAUCGCAGCGGAGACGUGCUCCCUGCUCUGUUUGCCCGUGGCGGAGGAGCCGCUCGUCUUUCGUCCGAGCAAACGUGCGCCCGAUCGCCCCAUUAAGCACGCAUCCAUAGAAAAAAAGUCGUUCGCCCCAACCACGAUGCCGCGGCGCAAGCGCGACACGGCGGAGGCGGAGGCCGCGGCUGAGGCAGCGGCGGCGGGAUCCAACGACGAGGAGGUCUCGGGCGGCGAGGACGAGGCUGAGGAUAGCGGUGACAGCAGCGACGAGGCGGAUCUCGAGAUGGCGCAGGCCGACGGAGCCGAGAAGGAGUUGCAGGUCGAGUUUAUCUUCACGGACCCGGCGGAGGAGGACACGCCGUACGUGCGCUCCCUCCUCGCGGGCGGAUCGCUCUGCACCGCGACGGGCGCCGACGCCGCCGGCCUCGCCGCCACGGUCGCCAACCAGGUUGAGGUUGGUACAAUGAUCAAGGCAGACGGCGCCCUCUUCGGCUUCCUCUCGGCGGUUAGCCUGCAGAGGCACCGGGCCGACCCGUCCGUCGGAAGGCAGGCCUGCUCGCUCCGUCCGGAGGCGCCAACGUCGGCCUCCUCCUCUCGGAGCGGAUGGUCAACACGCCCGUCCAGCUCGUCCCGCACGCAGUAGAGUCGCUCCACCUCGACCUCGGCUGGGCGGCCGCAAACGCCGAGCCCGCCGCCGAGCGCGCUUCGCUCACUUUCGAGUGGCUCGUUCUGCUCGCGCACGUCACGCUGGACGCGCAGGCGGGCGCGGAGAGCGGCGGAGCCGGCGGCAGCGGCGGAGCCGGCGGCAGCGGCGGAGGCAGCGGCGGCGGCGGCGGCGGCAAGCGGAGCAAGAAGCAGAAGCGUGCCGCGGGGUCCUCGCUGUCCUCGCUGCUCGGCCGCGCCUCCUUCGCGCGCGUCGAGGAGGAGCUGCUCGCCGAGGGGGCGGAGGCGGUCUCGCUGGUGCGUGGCGGGCUGCCGGGCGGUGGCCAGCUGCUGCUGAUGCUGCUGCGGCCCGAGGCGCUCGCCGCUGCUGUCCCUGCGAUGCGCGCCGUCAUGUGCGACUGAGCUCAGACGCGGAGGAUGGGGCGGCCCAUGGGGACCGUGACGCGUGAGUGACCGUGGGCGCGUGUCGUCGUAGAAGCACGACACUUUGAAGCGUGUGAUGUGGUUGGGUACUGUUCGAUAGUAAAAAAAUCGUAAGCCGUCUUC